AGAUAGAGAGCGGCGUUCUUUGCUCUCGGCAAACACGCCGCAUGCCGGGUGGCGAUAGUGCGUGCUCCCAUGCGAGUCUGGGAAAAAGUCGAACCGCGUUCACCUGCGGCAAGAGGCGAGUUCCAGAGACGAGGCGUUGCCAUCGGUGCACUUCUCGCCGUCUUCAUCAAAGGAGGAUGCACCGUCGCGGAAGAUGGAGCCUCGUAACCCAAAUCACUUGCCUGGCGUUAGCGGCCUCAGGGUUGUUCACGGUUGAAGUCACAGGAACGGUGGUCUCUUCGACAGAACAGGGCGUCCAUUACAAGGACGUCGAGUACGCCGUGACAGAUGGCACUAGCGCUUACAAUCGUCACCGCCAGGGCGGCGCGUCCAUCGCCACCCACGUGAUGACGUCACUGGUUGCGUCAUGGUUCAGGCCUCGAGCGAACACAAAAGAAUGGCCCGCCGGAAGCGAGCGCGGAAACCGGAAGCACAGUGAGGCCACUACCAGUGAUCACCGCCAGGGCGGCGGGUCACUCGCCACUCACGCGAUGACGUCACUGGUUGCGUCAUCGUUCAGGCCUCGAGCGAACUCAAAAGAUGCGCCCGACGGAAGCGAGGGCGGAAACCGGAAGUACAGCGAGGCCCCUACCAGUGAUCACCGCCAGGGCGGCGGGUCACUCGCCACUCACGCGAUGGCGUCACCGGCUGCGCCAUUGCUCAGGCCUCGAGUGCGCAACGAGAGCGAUGGAGUGCUUCCGUGUGCUAGGUGGAUUUGCUUACGCCACAUAUCCAAAAAGUUCGUGGCGGUGCGCUCGUGGCACGUCCAAGCGUCGGCAUUGGGCAGAGCUGUCUUGGGAACCGUUUUCCUCGCGACCAGCCUGCUCGUCAUGGCCUCCCUGUUCACCUUGGUGUGGUGCUUUUGCCGCAGUUGCCGGGGCGCCAAGAAAGAGGAUAAUCCACUGGCAACACGGACGCCGCCGCCUGCGUACACUGCAACGAAAGGCGGGUCGUUCGGAGGAAUGCACAGUGUACUGAUCGACCCACCGCCCCCUUACGGCAGCGUCAUCGACUCGACAACCGCUUCAGUUCACGGCAUCGGAACAAGGCAGCCGAACAGCUCUGUUCCUUCGCAGGGAGCAGACCAGCCGCCUGCGUACGAUGCCUCCAUGUCGUCGCCUGCUCCACCACAGACGGCCUCCGAAAUUCCUCGCUUAUGACUGUCUCAUGACGAUAGUGAUGUUUGCGCGCGGAUUUUCCAUCCACAAUGGCACACGGCGGACUCGUCAACUUACGUAACCCCGUAUUCUCAAACGAUCCUCGACUCGAAAGCUCGUCCUCCGCUCCACCGAGUGGAGCAAUGCGCCACCCCUAGACCGAUGAAGGAACUACGCGUCUUGAGAAUUGCCGUGUAUGAUCAUAUAGCGCAGUAACAAUUUCCAUCGAGGGAUGGCGCUGCUAUCUCUACUUUCUUGAGUCGAGGCAGAACGUUGGCUGCAGGAACGUUCUGGCAUACGGGUUAAAAUUACAGAAUGUAAAGUGAAGGCUCGUCAACUCUUAGGAUGAGCACGUGAGCGCAUGGCCUCGCUCCGCAAAGCGCCGGUGCAAACAUGGCGGCCACCCAUCGAACGAAGCAAACCCGCGGCGGUGCACUGGCGCCUAGAGGCGUGAAAGCUACUAGUCUAGUCUAGUAGUCUAGACCUAGUCUAGCAACGUUGAGAGGCGUCGCUUCGUGUCGUCUGUAAAACUGCUUGGGCGCGCCGGGGAUGUGUACCACCAUCACACUCUAAGAAACGUUUACACCCUUUGGAGUGUAUAUUUGCCACACAGCAAUAAUCGUCAUCUGUCUUGCCUGCAUUUCCUUUCUUGAAAACGCUGCGCUUGUUACUUUCCUGUCGGGAAUGCUAUAUCACGCUGAUAACGCGCAGGCCGUUCGUUACUGGAAAGUAGCGGGCUCGCCGCGUUAAAGAAAGGAAAGGCGGACAAGACAGAUGACGAUUAUUGUUGUGUGGCAAAUAUACCCCCCAAAGGGUGCAACUGUUUUUAAGGGUGCAGUGGGUGGACAGUUGGGCUAGUUUCUGCAUCGGCAAUAAAGCGUCGCCAUUUUCCUGGUAGCCAGCAGAAAAGUCAAAUUAUUUUGAAUAUUUGGCUCUAUCGUUUCAACAUACACGGUAACAAAAUACGGUGAAUCGAUUAUAUGUAGAAAUAAAUUGUGGUUUUUGCCUAGUUUCUAUUUUCGCAGCCGAUAUUUGCAUUUAGUCGUUUCAGUUGUUGCGCCGACGGACGGCUCUGUCUCUGCUAUCGCUUCGGCUGCCGUUCUGUUUGUCUGCUCCUGCCGCUUUCAAUGCAGAUGCAAGUUUUGUUCUUGUGCUUUGCGGUUGAAGAUUUCCUUUCUGCGGGCGCGAAUCUUCCGGCAAUGUCGAAAAACCGAGGAAAGGGCACAAGGCGUGCAGCUCGGCUGUGUGGUGUAACAACUUGGGGAGGAACAGCAGCGCGAAAUGUUCCGCUUCUCAGUGAACGAGAGGUAAGCACACCUUUUCAGUACUAGUAAUAAAGGGAAUGAGUGCUAUCCUUAUCAAAACAUGUAUAGGUCUUCAGAACUGUGGCUAGCCGGGCUUGUUGGUACGAACACAUUCUUUAGCAAACAGCGCGAAUAACGGGGCACAGAAAAGAGACACACGACACAGGCGCUGGCUUCCAACAAGUAUGUUUAUUGCGGGAGCGCAGAAUAAAUAGGCAGCUAGCUCCUGGUACAGCUAGCGGAAGACAUGUUAGCGGAAAUGCACCAAAGAAAGAAGACACCCAAAACCGAGAUCAAUAAUUCGAACACGGCUGUCAUUCCCCAUGGGCACGAGGUGUCCCACAGAUUGAAAAAGGCUGCGGGAAGGGCGGGUGUUUCGGUUGUUUUUUCAGCCCCAGGCAAGCUGACCACCUUGUACAGAAGGGUCAACCAAGACAACCCCCACAAAAAAGGUUGCGACAAGAACCAUCAGGAGCCCCUCAGCAGCCGCAUCACAGCGCUCGUCCGUGUCUCUUCUUGUGUCGUCUGUUUGGCGCUUUAGUACUUCAGUAACAUGCACCAACUAGCCCAACAAAAAGUUCUGCUGGAGCAUCACAGGAGUCGUUCACGAAAUACCCGUGAAGUGCGGGGGGGCCCCUACGUAGGACACACGGGACGUUGCCUCAAUGAUCGCCUCCGGGAGCAUGCCAACAACAUAAAACAAAAUUACAGCAGCAAUCUCGCUCUGCGUUGCAAGCUGUGCAAAUGCAUCCCCUAUUUUAGAAAAGUCACUCUCAUCCAAAAGCACGCUGACCAGCGCACGCGGGAAAUUAUCUAAGCAUUUGCCAUCACCCAACGUGGUCCUUCAUGCCUAUGUUCACCAUCCAUCCAGUUAUUAGACAAGGAAAUCGCGUACCCGUAAACUUAACCGAUCUCCGCCCACAUGCCAUCUCAAGUCAUUCUUUUCGUGUUUUCAUGCCAUUUAUGUUUUUGCUAUUACUUCUCUGCCUAUAUAUUCUGCACUCGCGCAGAAACAUACUUGUUGGAAGUCAGCGCUUGUGUUGUGUGUCUCUUUUCUGAGUCCCGUUAUUCGCGCUGUUUGCUAACGAAUCUAUAGGACGAAGCGAAACAUCUUCCGCGGUUUCGUUCCAGCGAACAUCGUUUUGGUUUGCCGCGGCGCAUUUUUUCGCAGUGUUGUUAGAAACCGAAGCUACCUGUUGACAAUUGCUCUUGAGCCGAUUGAUGCUAUCUGACGCGCCGAUAGAAAUUUCGCUUCGUUAUAUGUUAGCGGUUGGUCUUCAUUUUUUUUUGCCAGCAAUAUAUAAAAACUUGCAAUUUUAUUUACGCACGAAGUCGUUACGCUGGAGAACAUUCCGCUGACCAGUUUCUCGUGGUCAAACUGGGGUCAUUCUGGAAAUUUAUUGCAAGUGGAUGCGCCUCGCAAACUCACCGGCUACAAUUCGUAAAUUAUAAUACGUGCUGUAGAGUAAUUAAAUAUUAAGUUAAUUAGCCAACUUUCGCGUAAAUAGUUGAAUAUGAGUUUCCAUUUCCCGUGCCAGUAAAGUCCGCCUGUUCGAAUAACGCAGCUCAAGGACACCAAUUAUGCUAUCUAGCUGCCACAGGUGAUUUUUAAGAAAAAUUUCAUAGAACUUAAAAGAAAUGAUCACCCUAUAUUUCUCUUACACGAGUGAGGCUUCUGCGUGGAAGCCGACACGUAAAUUUCUUUGACACCGCUUUCGUCAGAGUUUUCGAGGGUCCUGGGAAGUUCGUGCACAACUAUUCCUGUGUGGUGCCAUUCCUGUGAUGCCGGAAAGGUAGAAUUUGCCAACUGAAAAAGCUGUGCUACUUUGCAAAGAUUGGGGGAUGUGUUCAAACCGGGAACUGUCCGAAUCGAAUGUCAAACGUUUUCUCUUUCUUUAGUUCUUAGAACAACAAACACAAGCAUGGAAAUAUAGGGUGGCAUGCACAAAUCUAAUUUCCUCCUUUCAGUGCAAGCAUUGCCGACAGGUUGCCUGCUGAACAUGGCGCUUUGUAAGCUAACAGACAAUGACGGGUCACAACAGUCCGGCGUCGGCUUGCAGCGUGCAGUUGAAGCGGUUGGUGGACCAGAAACUCGGCACUUGUAAAGGUUGAAAAUUUUGAAAUUUUCCUGAGUAAUCGCGGCUCUUUCUGUCGAGAUAACAGCGAAAGCAACACAGGGUAAAUUGUUCUUAUUAUAUUUUGUUAGGUUGGAAGUAUAGCAACGAUGUUUUUAAAGUUCGAAGGAACAAUAUACAGGGCGUUUAAGAAAAGGCGUUCCAAAGUUACUUCAAUAAAAGAAAGGAAAGAUGCGAUGGCUAACCAAUUUCCUCAAGUUUUACUUUACAGCAGUGACGCACACAUUUAAUUACUCGCCCAAGUAAUUAGGCAGAUAAUUAUGUACAUUAGACUAAUCUUUCAAUUGUAUUCCCUAGGGGACGGAAUGACAAAAAACGUUCGUGUAUCGUGCAUCGGGUUCAUGUUAAAGAACCCCAGGUGGCCACUAAGGCAUGCUUCAUGUCAGAUCGUGGUGCUUGCACGUCAAACAGUAGAAUUUAAUUAAUUUUUUUAUUUUAGAUCUUGAGCUGAAAGAGUCAGCAGAUUGACCCUAAUGCAAGACUUGAAGCCCGUUAUCUGAUGAAAUCGCAACUGAUUUAGGAGACGCGAGAAGUUGACGUUGUUAAUUUCAGUAGCGUUAAUAAUUUCUGACCAAUUUCAUGUAGGAAACCGAAACUGAAUCUGCUGAACAGUGCAAAUGCCAUACUCUUAGCAGACUCUCUAGGGUGGAGUGCGUGCUCGCGCGUCGCCGUCGGGUAUCGCAUAAAGCGGGUGUCCGUAUCAAGCGGCGAUCACGCUCGCUUCAUGCUCGCCCGAUGGUGGGGUGUUUGAGAAAAAUGUUCGUAACAUUGAAUUUCGCUAAAUCAAGGUUUGCCUGUAUAGAAAAAAAAAAACAAAUAAAUGGAUAUAGCAACAUGUAAAGUAAAGAAAAGGUAACUUCUGGCACAGAGGACACGCGUACAUAAAAAAAGGAAUGUAGCAUGAAAGCAUAAAACACAGUAAAAUGAAAAAAAAGAGGCAAGCUUAAGCUUACGUAGUAAAAUUUGAAAAAGUUAUUGCCCUUGACGAGAAGAGGUGGCAAGGAAAAGAAAUGUGUGAUUCAGGGAUGCAAAAGAAGUAAGGAAUAGCAAGCACAGACUUCGUCUUGGUAGCAAUCCGACACGUAGGCACGGGAAGAAAGAGACUAUGUAGAAGCUACUAUUAUUCGUUGCUUUAUCUUUUCAAGCUCAUUUUUCUGAAUUCAUUAACUGUGCGCAUAAACACCCGAUCCUUGGCCCAUCCCCCGUAGUGGGUGCGAGCCAUAUUAUGAAGGUUCAUCAUCAUCAACAUCACCAUCAAACGCAGGGCUUAAUGUGAUAAUCUGUAGUCGAAAUGAAACUAUAAAACGCUUCGUUUCACCGUGCCGUAUGUUUUCAUUACAAGGGAAACGCCUUCAGAUGGCCUACGUCGUCAGUAUGGGCUGGGCCUUAGUGGCUUUAGGCUUAAUUCACAUAGUCGUCAUCAUCCGCGUUUCGUAAUCGUCACGGACAGGACACGGCAGAUGACUGGGAAUUGGGCCUUGCUUUUCAGGUGAAGUUCUCCCUUGGGUCGUUGGCACUGAGUUUCUGCCACAGAAAAUUAUGAUGCCAUUGUCAAUUUUCUGUGUGACAGGAAGAGGCUGUCAUGUCAAUUGUAUUCGUAUUCUAUUCUAGCGAGCACUAACAGUGGGUAUAUAAUCUGUUCUUUAUUCUAUUUAUCAAUAUUCACUUUACAAUAGCUCAACACACCACGAUACUUCGUUAAGUUUACAUUAUAUGUAUAUUCCUUUACUGCUACUAUUACUGAAGUAUUUUCUUUUUCUAACAUUUCUUUCAUUUUUGUCAUCUUCUACCGCCCGAUUCAUGGCUUACCCUCCGUAGUGGGGUCUACCAUUUCACUUGAAACCGACGAACGAACCAAUAAGACUCAAGGAAUCGAUAUCGGCGAUCAGUUGAGGUCAGAAGGAGCAGCAGUUGCGGCAGAACCACAAUGCGAGCAGACCGCAACCCAAUGGGACGUUGCCGGUGUACUCUGUUGUAUUUGUCGUUUGCGAUCAGCUUAUGUAGCACCGAGAGUCAGCGCACCGCCAGCCAGGUGCACCUGCUAGUAGCCAUACACAGGAACGUCCCGGAACAGGACUUCUUCCUGGAGAACCUGCAGCGGUUCCUGACUCUAGCCUCCCGGCAGCUGCGCGAGGUGACAGGGCGCGCGUGGAUAGACAGCGUGACCGUACAGGUGCCCAGUUCUUGGCGCCGCCGACGGUACUACGGGGAGCUGGACGCCGACUUCUACCAGGUCGCCCAGGUGCGCGUGGUGCCGUCCGAGGACAACGUGAAGCCGCGCAUGGAAGUCGUGCAGCCUCUGCCUUGCGGGAUGCCCGGCGAAAUGCUUAUCGUUCCGGACGCCGCCAUCAUGCACCAACAGCAUACCCGGCCCGUCUCCACGGCGCCCGACAGCCUUGCUCCCGAGCACGAGUUCGUGCAUCUUUGGCCACGGUUCCGUUACGGAAUAUUUGACGAGAUCGGUAUUCCAGGCAGCAGGCGUUUUCCGAUGGCGGUGACCGACAACGACACGGUGUUUCCGGUGAGCCUGUCGAAGGGCCUGGCGGGCGUGCUGUCCCUACCCGACGGGACCAGAUGCGCGGUGACGCCGACGGGCAUGGUUCGGCCUGAUUGCCACUUGUUCCUUGAGCUCAACAGCAGACAGACGCUGAUGAGCUUACUGCGGAUGCCUUACGCGGCGGCGAACAACCCGCUCACGGCGAGGUACCUUCCCACGCAGCACAACGUCCUCUGUCAGCGGAGAAGUACGUCGGAGAUCAUCUACGCUCACGAAGACUUUACCUUAAACCGAGAGUGGAACCGCCCGCCGAACGAGCCCCGUUUCCGGUUCGUGCGGCCGAGGGAGAACGCCACCACUCGCGUCGUGCUCCUACUGGACGCCUCGGAAGGGAUGUGCCGCGCCGGCUGGAUGCGUCAGGUGCACCGGUCCGUGUCCCGCUUCAUCCAGUCUCGGUUGCCGGACGGCACGCAGCUUGCGCUGAUGGCGCUCGCCGGAGGCGAGGCUCACAUCCUCGCCAACCUGACGCAGCUUGAGGCGCGCUCCAGGAGGGCUCUCAGACUUCUCGUUCCUUACGGCUGCGGCCGGCCGGGUGUGCAUGCAGUCAGAGGACUCAACCGCGCCGUCCAGCUCCUGAAAGGCGCCCACAUUGCGGGCGCCAUCGCGGUGCUUGUCACGCACGAAGCGGUGUUGGGAGGGAAGAAUGAAACGGCAGCCGGACCCUGGGACACGGGAUUGAUCGUUAGCACGGUGGCGCUGGGUUCGCGCGCCGACCCGGCGUUGGAGCUGCUCGCCGCCAGAAUGGGCGGCAUGAGUUUCUGGGUUCCCGGCGACGGGGACGCUUACGCCAGUCUCCUGGACGAUGCCCUUGCCGACGCGGCGCAGCAGCUUACCCAGCCCGACCACCGGGAGGUCAUCGUGCGCCGGGAGGAGCUACGGGUGCGCGGCGAGCGCCAGGUCUCCUUCGUCGUCGAUGCCGCGCUGGGCGCGGACAGCCGCGUGGCGAUCGUGGGGAGCGCGGUCGAGUUCCUCGCCGUGCGCGUUCGCGACCCGGAUGACGAGUUGUACCACGAGGCGAGUGCCGAGUGCACCAAGGACGUGCUGCGGACGCAGUCCGUGGUCUUCUCUUUCCCGUCAAUGAAACCUGGCCGAUGGACGGUUCAAGUGUCGCCUAUCGUCGGCGGUGGCCGAGGCGAGACGACGACAUCCAGCGUGACGCUGUUGGUGACGUCACGUGGCGUGCGGGACAAGUCGGCGGUACAACUACGUGCGCAGGCGUCGGCGUCGUGGGUCACUUACCCGGUGGUCGCCAGCCUGCACGCGCGCCUCUCCAGAGGGAACAACGUGGUCCUCGGAGCCUCGGUGUGGGCCUCGGUGAGCCGGCCCCGCCGGAGACACGUGGUCAUCACUCUUUACGACGACGGCAUUGGUGCGGACACGAGCGCCGGCGACGGCAUCUACUCGGCCUUCUUCACUGACCACUCGGGCGCGGGGCGGUACCAUCUGGUGGUACGCGCUGCGGGCGACGAGAGUAACGCUCGCGCCACGCUGCCCCACGUCUGCCGCAGCUCGCUCGCCGACCUGGCGCGAAAGCCACAGAACCUGAUGGUGCUGCCCAAGAAGGCGUACCGCUUGAUCGACCUGGCCGAGGACACCAGCGCCCAGGACGAGUGGGCGUCCCAGGCUCCCCAGGCAGGCGAGCCUUGUGCCAUGUUCGAGCGGUACGUGGACGCGGGCUCCUUUCAGCUGGUCGGCUACCGCGAGCGCAGUCCCAUCGGUCCAGGCGCCGUCUCCGACCUGCUGGUCGAAGCGUCCACGGUGCGGGGUGCGCGGUGGAUGCUGGAGCUCUCGUGGACGGCCAUGGGCUCGCACCUGGACGCCGGCGUCGUGGAGCACGUGGAGCUGCGCUGCAGUCGACGCGGGAGCGAGCUGGAGGAGAACUUCCGGCGCGCCGUUCAGAUCCGGGAGUCGGACCUCCUGCGGGGCAGCCUGAAGCCGCUGGCAGCGCGGAAGCAACACCGCGUCGCCAUACAGGUACCAGCCCGCCUGUUUCCUCCGGACGGUGGUGCCUUCACCUUGUACCUGGCAGUGCGCACCCAAGACGUGCAAGGUCGCGAGUCGCCGCUGUCCAACGUGGCGAGAGCUACGCACCCCGGCAUACGGCCGCCGCAAAGCCGACCGAGCGCGGACAAGCCGAAGCCGGGAAAUACAGCGAGACCCAUUGUUCUGCGACCGAGACCCAACCUCGGUCAAUCCGAUCGCCUUUAUUAGAAGUUCUAUGGCGAAAGACGUGGAACACUGACUUGCAUGGUUCCCAGAUUCGAUAAAACUUUAUCGUUUCUUUUUCUUCUUUCUUUGUGCAGAUUUCUGCUGAGGCCUGCAUUAUGGCCGUUUGUCACUGGGGUACCAUGUCGGCCGGCGCAGCGCGGAACAAUAGCAAAGACAAUUUUGUUUGUUGUAAACUCAAACAAACAAACAAACAAACAAACAAACAAACAAACAAACAAACAAACAAACAAACAAACAAACAAACAAACAAACAAACAAACAAACAAACAAACAAACAAACAAACAAACAAACAAAGAAGCAAGCAAGCUAGUAAAGCAAAGCAAAGCGAAGCGAAGCAAAGCAAGAACAAGCAAAGCAAACAAGCAAACAAUCAAACAGACAACGCAUACUUUGAGAAUUAUCUCCGUUAAUGCGAUUAGCAUUCAAGUGGUGUUAUUGAGUAUACGUUGUCUGCUCGAGCACAUAUUCAGUGGCACAUAUUCAGGGACCCAUGCAUUUGGCAGACCGCAGCCAGCAGCAAGUUGUAUGUCCGGGCGCAUACCCAGUUGCUCAUGUUGUCUGGCUGGAGAGCAGCCGAUACAUGCCUAGUGGCCCAAGCUACGCAGUAGACAACUUUGGCCACUGGGAAGAGCGGUGUAAAGAUGCUAACUAGAUAGAGACAAAAUUGCUGAUGUAGGCUCAGAAUGAUAAUCGGUUUAAAUAUGUUUGCCGCUGGAUUGAAACUGCGACAGAAUUCUUGCUGAUGAUGUCGUUGGCUUCGGGUUGUUAAAGGGAAUUUGCGUUUCUCCUGACUCUCAGUUUCUCGGCCAAUAGCUCACACGGGAAAUACAAUAGUCGCCCCAAUAAGCGAGAUCAUGUGCUCCAGUGAUUGCGUUGUUGGCGGCCCGUGAUCAGAACGACCGUUUAGGAAGAGUGAGUGAGCGUAAAUUGUCAUUUCUCUUGUUUGAUUUGGUUAAGACUAUCUGAUUUUUUUCCCUAGAAGCGACAGUUCAAAUAAGUUUUAUGUCUUGUCAGGACACAAUGAAACAUUACCAUCACAAAAAAAAGGCGGUUAUCGUAUGACAAAAGUUCAGGGUUCGGAUGAGAACAAGGGACAAAGCAACUGAAGACUUACUUCGGUAAGAUGUCGUGCAGAAUUCUGCAAUCCAGGAGCAGCAGCGAGUGAACGAAUGAGAAUAUCUUGUGCAGCUCGACGACUUAGUUUGACACUUCGACGUAUAGAAAGCGUGACUAUUUUCAAACGACGUUACCUAAUAUAGUUAAGCACAAAGAUACUUUUGAGCGCAUAUUUUGGCACCACAGUUCCGGUUUGAAGCGCGAGGUCGUGGUACCUUAAAUUACCUUAAUUUCACAAACCCACUUUCAGAAAACUUGUAUCAUUUUAUUCAAACGCUCACUGGCUUUUACUGACCAAAAAAGGUACUUUUGAUCCUGAAUUUUUGACUACAGUUCCAUUGGCUUUUCCUGACCAAAAAAGGUACUUUUGAUCCUGAAUUUUUGAACUACAGUUCCGUCGCCAAGUGGGGGGCCCUGGCACCAGCAAAUAACAAUACUGCGGAAACGAAGGCACAGAUAACAAAACAGCGGAACCGAAGGCACAUAUGCGUAGCACCUGUUAUCAGAUUAGAGGAACGGCCUUCAGAAUAAUCUCGUCCGGCGCAACCUGAACACUGUGUACGUAUCUAUUGUCCGUGUAAAGCAUUAUUGCGUCCUUUAAAUAUAUAUAACAUCAGGCAAUUUGUAGGUGAGGUUUCCCUUCAACCAUGCCAAGCAUUACCGCCGGUGAGGCAAGACAAAGGGCAAUUAAAGAGGCGCUCCGACAUUACAGAGGCUGCUGAAACAUGCCGCUGAGCGGAUUGCUGGAUUGAUGGUGAGUUUAGCGCCGAAUGCGCCAGAAGUGUGCAGAAAGCUGACGGCCAUCGGAAAGCAGUGUGUUUCGCAGACGGGAUAUCAAGAGCCAGUGACCAUGGAGUUGCCGAUGACAACAACCUCUGCAUCGCCCAUUUCCGGCUUUGAAGACGGCGGCAUCAAGAAUGACACGUUCACCACGUAUGUCGACGCCUACAUUAUCUAUGGGCUUAUCAGCGUCUUGCUGGCGUCCUCGCUUAUCGUUCUUCUAGUAGCCGUUGCGGCUCACGCCCUUAAAAGAAAGGCAGAACGAGCGGCGAGGACUUCUUCCACCAACACCAGUUCGGCGCGGGCUCACUCGUGGGUGAUGCUCUGUCACGAAGACCAGGAGGCAGGUUCGACAACAGCCGGCUCGCUCGACAACAACGUAAUCGACUGCGAAGCUGCACCUUCGCGGUCAGACACUGGAGAGCCUCCGUGCGUUGUGGCGGGCUCGAGGCGGCUAGGAAGUCGAAGACCUUCCCUCAGCGCAUUUCUCGCCGCCACGGCGGAGAAAGCGGGUGACGUUGGGACCGCACCAAAAGCCGCUGUUGCGGAAAACGAGACGGCCGUUUGAACGGUGAUGCGUAUGAGCAGUGAGGGUAUUAGGCGUCCUCGCUUCGUCGUAAACGUGUUUGCCAGUCUGUUCGGUAUUCUGAAAUUGUUAUGUUUGUUUGCAUGUCGACAGCGUCACAUACCAGUAAACGUUGGCUGGGUUGGAGGGUCAUAAACGUUAGCUACGCCAGAGGAAGAAGUUUUGUGGAAGAGGAAGGAGUAUUGAAACUAAUUCGCCCACGUCCCUUGGAUAGAUUGUAGUCUAGGCAAGUUGGUAAGAUGCCAGAGCAAAAAAAAAAAAAAGAAAAAAAAAAGAAAAAAAAAGAAAGAGAGAGAGACGAAAGGAACAGAUAGAGCGAAUUGUACAAGACGGAAAGAAUGCACAAAUGUAUGUCAAAAAGCAAUAGAAAA